CAUAAAGUAUAACUAAACCUAGUCUGUGGUUGCUUUUUCCAGAGUAAAUAUAUUCUUUGACAAUUGACUCUUAUACUUAUUUCUUUCAUGUCAAAAUGGCUGCCGCGCAGGAGGUGAGACGCGAACCAAUCCAAGCCGUACAAGUAUUCGGGCGCAAGAAAACCGCCACAGCGGUCGCAUACUGCAAGCGUGGUCAUGGAGUCCUUAAAGUAAACGGACGUCCUCUGGAGCUGGUUGAACCUAGACUACUCCAGUAUAAACUUCAGGAACCUAUCCUUCUUCUUGGCAAGGAAAAGUUUGCAGAUGUAGACAUCAGAGUUACAGUGAAGGGUGGUGGUCAUGUCGCACAGGUCUAUGCAAUCAGACAAGCUAUCUCAAAAGCACUCAUUGCAUUCUAUCAAAAAUACGUUGAUGAAGCAUCGAAGAAGGAGAUCAAAGAUAUCCUCGUCCAAUACGAUAGAAGUCUACUGGUAGCUGACCCCAGGCGCUGCGAGCCCAAGAAGUUUGGUGGUCCAGGUGCCCGUGCCAGAUACCAGAAGUCAUACCGUUAAUGUUGUUGGAGAGGCGCACGCUGUGUUAUUGCAUUGGUUUUAUGUGGGUCAGUGCAAUACCAUUGGGUGGUUUUAAAAAAUAAAAAAAAAUAUAAAACUG